AUGUCGAGGAUACCAUCGGGACCACCUUACUCUUAUCAGUUACAUCCUCAAGGCGGAACAGGGUAUUAUCCCAACCCUUCACUUGCUGGUAAUCCCUUACCUCCAGUAAUUCAUCAAGGUCUACCACCACCACCUACGUCUUAUCCGCCCGAUCCAAAUUUAUACCCUUACGAACGUCAUCCUCAAGCUAUCAACGGUGGGUGGACCACAGCGGGUCCGAUUCCAGGUCCAGGUCCUCCAGGGGGCAUACCACUAGAGGCGUACAAUGCAGCUGCCGGACCAUCUAGACCUGGCACUGCUGGUGGACCCGAUCCCCACCAAGCUUAUGCACAACCUGCUCGAUCAUCUCCUAGUCAACCUGUUCCACCUCGUCAACAGCCCAAUCCUAACAUUCCUUGGUCAUCCGUUCAACCUGUUGUUACUCCCACGUCAAACACCAGAGGAGGGGUAAAAUUAGAAGAUCUAGUAUCGACUUCAGAUCGACGGGCCGGGCCAGGACCUGCACAGACCAAAGUCAAUCAGGCUGGUGGAGGGAAUGAAAGCAGCAAUAAGAGACCCAAUACGUCCGGGAACAACGAUGGUUCAGCUGCAGGCGGAGGUGGAGGAGGGGGACAACAAGGACCAUCGGAAUUUAUCAAGAAGUUGUAUAAGAUGUUAGAAGAGGAAAGUGCGACGUAUGGGAAAGGAAAAGCUGCAGGUCAGCCUAGGGGAAAAGAUGGGAAAAGAGGUUCAGUAGGCUGGGGUAGAGGUGGAACGAGUUUUGUGGUUUGGGAUAUGAACGAUUUUACUACUAAAGUAUUACCCCAGACAUUCAGACAUUCCAACUUUUCGAGUUUUGUCAGACAGCUGAACAAAUAUGGGUUCUCAAAGAUCAAGCAUGUCGAUGAGGAAUCAGGGACCAUCAAGGAGAAUGUAUGGGAAUUCCAACAUCCUAGUUUCGUAGCUGGUGGAAAGUCCGAUCUGGAGAACAUCAAGCGAAAAGCGGUAGCUCCACGUAAGACAGCUGGUGAAGGGGAUGAUACUUCCCCUAGAGCAUUCGGUCUUUCAGCCGAAGAUUCCAGUAGGAUCAAUGUAAUGGAGAAUAGGAUAGUGACGCUGGAGGGAAAACUUGAAAGAGCGUUAGAAGAAGUCAGAGAAGCCAGAGCUAGAGAAUCGGGAGUAAUGGGUGUACUGAAGGAGAUUAUCCACCAUCUGGCAGCUAGUGAAAGAGAGACCUCCGGAUCCCCCAUGAGUGAAGGGAAUUACUCGCCCCGUAUCCUACACCUGUUCAAAGCUUUCGAUUCGAUACCCCAGCAAGGAGUCAGAUCAGCUCCAUCGACAGAAUAUGGUGCACCUGUAUCAGCCCUUCCAUACCCUGCACAAAUGUCGGGUCAGUACAGCAUGAGCGCUGCUCCUAGCUUUAACCCACUGUAUUCAAAUGCAGGGACCACUCAGACGUCGCCUAGAACAGAAGGGACACCCAGCAGGGGUAGUAGGGGAAGUGUCAGCGGACCGGUAUCCGCUGGAGGUAUGAGGAAUGUCUCUGGUGCUCCUAGUCGAAUGGGUAGUAUCUCAGGUCCCGUAGGCGCGCCUCCUCCCCCCACCCAACAAGCUGUUGCCCCGCCGCCUACAGCUUUACCUCCUCUAGCUUCUAGCGCAACUGUCCAACCCGAUUCUAUCAUGCCGAAAGAGGAAAUCAUCGAAUCAGCAGGUGAAAUGCCAACGCUAUACAACGGUGAACCACUGGGUAUGACGCCCAUGUUUGCCGAAACUCCCGCAUGGUUAACGGAGGGUACUCAAGCUCCCAUGUCUAUGUAUCAUCGAAAAUCAUCGGACGGAUCAACGCUGAGAAUGAUGUAUGAUGUAUUGAGUGGUGGAGGGGUGAAUAACCCCACGGGUAGAUUUGCGGAAGAAGGUAAUGCUGUUCCUCUAGCUACCGGGGCAAGUAACUCUGCGGUUGCAGGAGAAGUCAGUGGAUUAGAAUCUAUACCUGAACAAGAGUCUACCGAACAAGUUCAAGGUCAAGCUUCAGCGUCUCAAAUUGUAGAUAUGGUGAUACCACCUCCUGGAGGAUUCGAAAAUGCCGAUCUAAGUGAUAUAAAAGGUAAAUCAGCUGUGUCAGUAUCAGCAGGAGAUGGGAAUGUCAUCUCGGCCUCAUCAUCAAAUUCCAAUGGUGGCGUGAAUGGACACGGACAUUCCAAGACGUUCAAAAAAUCAUCACCGAAAUCUACCCAUUCAGGAUCAACUAUCAAACCUCAUUGGGCCACUACCCCAAAAAUAUUAGUUGUAGAAGAUGAUUUGGUUUACAGGCAACUAUCAUCCAAGUUCUUGAGUAAAUUCGGAUGUGUAACGGAAACGGUCGAAAAUGCUCAAGGGGCCGUGGAAAAGAUGAAUAAGGAUAAAUACGAUUUGGUGUUGAUGGAUAUUUUCUUCGGACCGAAUAUGGAUGGUCGGAAAGCCACUUCGCUCAUCCGUCAAUUCGAUAAUUAUACACCUAUCAUCUCGAUGACAUCCAAUGCACAGCCUCAGGACGUCGAUUCGUACAUCCGUUCAGGAAUGAACGAUAUCCUUGCUAAACCAUUUACGAAGCAUGGGUUAUUCUUGAUCUUGGAUAAACAUCUGAUGCAUUUACGACAAGCACAGAUAUACGAGAAGAUCAUACCCAUCUCAGUGGGUGUCCCACCAUUAUCGGACCAACAUGUCCAAGAAGCCCUGGCGAUAUCUGCUGCGACCAUACAGAAUCAGGGCAAUGCGGGAUUGUUAAUGGGUCUAAGUGGGAAUGGUGAUCUGAAUACCAAUUCGAUGGGUGGGUCUGGGGAUAUUGCAGCCGAUGGAGGAGAGAACGACCAUGAUGAGGAGGUCAUCAUGCGGAACCCGCUGGCGGGUAGUGGGUGGAGUGAUGAGACUUAUCAAUUGGUUUUACAGCAAUUCCUAGCAACUGGGAUGAUGCCAGAUGCCAACAGUCUUUCCAGCGGAUCGAUCGGUACAGGUAUAAUACUCGGUGAUCCAUCUUCGAUCUCGACGGGAUUCCUAUCUCCUGGAGGGAGUGGAGGGAAUAAUCGUAAAAGACCAAUAGAAGCUUUGAACGAUGAUGGGAGUGUCAUACCUAACGAAUGGGAUGGUUCCAACCCCAACUCGAUUCAACAGGUUGAUCCGACUCAGACCGGUUUAGGUCCUGGGAUGGGUUUCGUCAAUGGAAUUACUAUCGGUUUCUUACCCAGUAAUUCAAGUUUCAUACCUUCCAAUUCGAAUGGGAUGACUCAAGAGGAUGGGAAUGGAGGGAGGGAAAAUAAGAGAGCAAGAGGUGUUGUAGGUUAG